GGCUCCGCACUGCGCCCGGGACCCCACCCAGCGGCCCGCGCCCCGGGACCACGUGAGCACCGCACCUCCAGACUGCAGAAACGGGGCGUGGGGGCCGGCGGGCGCGCAGCAUCCCCGGCCACCUCUGAUCGCUCCGCCCGCCGCGGCCUGACUCCCCCUCCCUCCCUCUCUCUGUCCCUCCCCCGCCACCCCCGUCCCUCCCGCCCGCCCGCCGGCGCCGGACACGCUGAGCCUCUUCUCUUGGGGCGCUCUUCCCCUUGGCCGACCGUCUCAUCCCGCGCAACUCUGGGACGGACAGUGGCCGUUUGGUGUUGAAUGUUCCCCUCGGAGAGCGCAUGGCUGCGGAAGCGAGGUGCGGGCCGGGCCCCCGAGGGGCCGCCGUAUGGGAGGCGGUGGUGCUCCUGCUGUGCUUGGGAGUCCCGACCGGGCGCCCCUACAACGUGGACACCGAGAGCGCGCUGGUUUACAAGGGCCCCGCCGACACCCUGUUCGGCUACUCGGUGGUGCUGCACAGCCACGGGGCGAACCGCUGGCUCGUAGUCGGGGCGCCCACGGCCAGCUGGCUCGCCAACACUUCAGUGGUCAAUCCUGGGGCGAUUUACAGAUGCAGGAUUGGAAAGAACCCAGAGCGGACGUGCGAACAGCUCCAGCUGGGUAGCCCUAAUGGAGAACCUUGUGGAAAGACUUGUUUGGAAGAAAGAGACAAUCAAUGGUUGGGGGUCACGCUUUCCAGACAGCCAGGAGAAAAUGGCUCCAUCGUGACUUGUGGGCAUAGAUGGAAAAAUAUAUUUUACAUAAAGAAUGAAAAUAAGCUCCCCACGGGUGUUUGCUAUGGAAUGCCCUCUGAUUUACGAACAGAGCUGAGUAAAAGAAUAGCUCCAUGCUAUCAAGAUUAUGUGAGAAAAUUUGGAGAAAAUUUUGCAUCAUGUCAAGCUGGAAUAUCUAGUUUUUACACAGAGGACUUAAUUGUGAUGGGAGCUCCAGGAUCGUCCUAUUGGACCGGCUCUCUUUUCGUCUACAAUAUAACUACAAAUAAAUACAAAGCUUUUUUAGACAAACACAAUCAAGUGAAAUUUGGAAGUUAUUUAGGAUACUCAGUUGGAGCCGGUCAUUUUCGGAGUCGGCACACUACCGAAGUAGUUGGAGGAGCCCCUCAACAUGAACAGAUUGGUAAAGCAUACAUAUUCAGCAUUGAUGCAAAAGAACUAAAUAUCUUACAUGAAAUGAAAGGUAAAAAGCUUGGGUCUUAUUUCGGAGCUUCUAUCUGUGCCGUGGACCUCAACGCAGAUGGCUUCUCAGACCUACUUGUGGGAGCUCCCGUGCAGAGCACCGUCAGGGAGGAAGGAAGAGUGUUUGUGUACAUCAACUCUGGCUCUGGAGCAGUAAUGAACGAAAUGGAAAUAGAGCUCAUUGGAAGUGACAAAUAUGCUGCAAGAUUUGGGGAAUCCAUAGUCAAUCUUGGCGACAUUGAUAAUGAUGGCUUUGAAGAUGUUGCUAUUGGAGCUCCACAGGAAGAUGACUUGCGAGGUGCUAUUUAUAUUUACAAUGGCCGAGCAGAUGGGAUCUCGUCAGCCUUCUCACAGAGAAUUGAAGGGCUUCAAAUCAGCAAAUCAUUAAGUAUGUUUGGACAGUCUAUAUCUGGACAAAUUGAUGCAGAUAAUAAUGGAUAUGUAGAUGUAGCAGUUGGUGCUUUUCGGUCUGAUUCUGCUGUGCUGCUAAGGACGAGACCUGUAGUGAUUGUCGAAGCCUCUUUAAACCAUCCUGAGUCAGUAAAUAGAACAAAUUUUAACUGUAUUGAAAAUGAAUUGCCUUCUGUGUGCAUGGAUCUAACACUCUGUUUCUCAUAUAAGGGCAAAGAGGUUCCAGGUUAUAUCGUUUUGUUUUAUAACAUGAGCCUGGAUGUGAACCGAAAGGCAGAGUCUCCAUCGAGAUUUUACUUUUCUUCCAAUGGAACUUCUGAUGUGAUUACAGGAAGCAUAAAAGUAUCAAGCAGAGUGGCUAACUGUAAAACACAUCAAGCAUUUAUGCGGAAAGAUGUACGGGACAUCCUCACCCCAAUUCAGCUUGAAGCCGCUUACCACCUGGGGCAUCAUGUCAUCAGUAAACGAAGUACAGAGGAAUUCCCACCACUUCAGCCAAUUCUUCAGCAGAAGAAAGAAAAAGACAUCAUUGCAAAAACAAUAAACUUUGCAAGAUUUUGUGCCCAUGAAAACUGUUCUGCUGAUUUACAGGUUUCUGCAAAAAUUGGAUUUUUGAAGCCACAUGAAAAUAAAACCUAUCUUGCUGUUGGAAGUAUGAAGACAUUAAUGUUGAACGUGUCCUUAUUUAAUGCCGGAGAUGAUGCAUAUGAGACAACUCUGCAUAUCAGACUACCCACUGGUCUUUACUUCAUCAAGAUUUUAGACCUGGAAGAGAAACAAAUAAACUGUGAAGUAACAGACAGCUCUGGCAUAGUAAAACUUGACUGCAGGGUUGGUUAUAUAUAUGUAGAUCACCUAUCAAGGACAGAUGUUAGCUUUCUUCUGGAUGCCAGCUCACUCAGCAGAGCAGAAGAGGAUCUCAACUUCACAGUGCAUGCCGCCUGUGAAAAUGAAGGAGAAACAGGCAACGUGAAGCGUAACAAAGUGACUUUAACAGUACCUCUCAAGUAUGAAGUCAUGCUAACUGUUCAUGGGUUUGUAAACCCAACUUCGUUUGUGUAUGGACCAAAGGAGGAAAAUGAGCCUGAAACGUGCAUGGCAGAGAAAAUGAACUUCACUUUCCACGUGAUCAACACUGGCCAAAGCAUGGCUCCAAAUAUUAGUGUGGAAAUAAUGAUACCAAAUUCUUUUAUUCCCCAAACUGAUCAACUGUUCAACAUUUUGGCUGUCCAGACUACUGCUGGAGAAUGCCAUUUUAAGAAUUACCAAAGAAAGUGUGCAUUAGAGCAGAAAAAAGGCACAAUGGAGACCCUGAAAGAUAUAUUCAAAUUUUUGUCAAAGACUGAUAAGAGGCUACUGUACUGCAUGAAAGCUGAUCCACAUUGUUUAAAUUUCUCAUGCAAUUUUGGGAAAAUGGACAGUGGAAAAGAAGCCAGUGUUCACAUUCAAUUAGAAGGUCGGCCAUCCAUUUUAGAAAUGGAUGAGACUAGAGCCCUGAAGUUUGAAAUAAGAGCAACAGCUUUUCCAGAGCCAAAUCCAAAAGUUAUUGAACUAAGCAAGGAUGAGAAUGUUGCACAUGUUCUACUCGAAGGACUACAUCAUCAAAGACCCAAACGCCAUUUCACUAUAGCAAUUAUUUUAAGUAGCUUGCUACUUGGACUUCUUUUACUUUUAUUGAUUUCAUAUGUUAUGUGGAAGGCUGGCUUCUUCAAAAGACAGUACAAGUCUAUCCUACAAGCAGAAAACAGAAGAGACAGUUGGAGUUACAUUAACAGUAAAAGCAAUAAAGAUGAUUGAAGACUUCUUUCAAAUUGAGAGAAUAACAGACUCAGGUUACAGUAUACUAAAAAAUUUUAGACAUUGUUUACAAGAAACCGUGAAUUUUGCUCAGACUUCUUCUAUGUACUUCUUUUAGUCAUGACCUUGUGACAUGUUAUGUCUUAAUGCAGAUGAAAAAUCCAAGCAAUGAUUAUUCUGAGAGAAAAUAACUCCAAAAGUAAUAUUUUAAUAUAUCCAAAAAGAUAAUCUUUCAGCUCUUAAAUGGAUAGAAAAACACUAAAGCAUCAGCUUAUCCAAGAUAAGUAAUCCCUGGACAAUACCUUGAAAUGAGUACAUCUGAAUUAAAAUUAUGUUUGUUGAGGAAGUAAACAACUCGACUGGAGAAAACUUGGACUUUGAAGUAUCAUUCCUUUAAGAGAAAUACUAUUUACCAUAUGUGCUGGCUUUGGUAAAAUUAAUUCCUCCAAAUAAUAGGUAAUGACUCAUUUCUAAUAGAUCUUUGAGACUUGUUUGGAAUAUGUUCUCUCUCUAGAAAUAUUUAGCAGAAUUUUUGAAAGCGCUGUUCCCAAAUUUUCUAAUGAAUAGAAGCAGAACAUUAUCAUUUUCAAGCAUAUUUUAUCUUUAAAGACCUUGAUUUGUAAUAUAUUUCCUAAAAGCUUUGAUCAACAACCAUUUAUUCAGCAGUCUGUCUAUGAAUACUAUGGCCUGAUGAGCAAACUUCAGACUGAAGUUAUACACUGGUUUGAGCUUAAUGGGAUAAUUAUUGUUUAUACAGCUAUGGAUUUUUUUCUUUCUGUACAUAUAUAAAGUUUUUAAGAGAAAAUAUAUGUUUAUAUAGGUAUAAAUCCAGUAAGUAAGUCCUUCUAUAACAAUUUUAUCAAGGGAAAGGUACUGAAGAGUAAAUUGUAAAAAUCCGUCUUUAAUCAAAUUUUUUGUUUAUAAAAACAACAGUACUUACUUAGAAUUCUAAUUUAUAUUCUAAAACAGAUCGAAUGUUGCACUUUAGCUGAUAUAUGUAAAAUAUGAAAACUGUACCUCACUAAUUUUUAAAAAUCAAAGCUCUGCAAAGACCAUAUUGGGGACCAGUAUUUCAUACAAAUUAGAUGCUGUUUAAAAUGUUAACUAUCAAUCAAAUUCAGCAAAUAAAAAUUCUUGUUUGGAUGUUACUCCUUUCUCCUCAAAUGUAAGUAUGAAAUGUGUUUUCACCAGUACUAUAAGAGCAUUCUCUUCUUCAUGGAAAUAGAGAAGCAAAUUUAACUGUAAAAUUGAAGAAUAUAGAUUUAGCUUGUAUCAGGUAAAAAUGUGACAUCAAAAUUUCCAUGUUUUAGUGAUGACUGAAGUAUUUUAAGUUUUUUGUUGGUGUUUGUUAGACUUUUUUAAAUAAUGAAGUAGUUUCUUUCUGCGUCUAAAAUAAUUUAUCUUUAAAUACCUCUUCACUUGCAAAUACAAUCACUUUUUGUAAUAUUUAUUCAUGCAUAUGAACUAAAUGCUGAUAAACACAGAAUAUAAUUUCAUCUGAUUUGUCCCUACAUCUGUCUUGAUAUGAAGGUUGUGGCCAAAUUUUCAAAAUCUGUUAUGGGAAGUGAUUGAUAGGUUAGAGGGCAGUCUUUACCACUAUGGAAAAGGAUUUCUUCAUACGAGGUCGCUGCCAACAGCUGUCUUCCUCAGACUACUUAAUUCCUGUAAGUUAAUCUGUUCACAAAUUGGUGGCUGGAGAAUGAAAAAUGCACAGAAAUUUGUGAAAGGCAUUUGAGCAGUGGGACCCAAUGAGCACGAAACCUCCUGAACUCGGGGGUGUACCAAUAGAAAUUAAUUCAAUUUUAAAGAACCCUUUGAGCAAAAGAUACUAUGUUUUUUUAUUAUUAAAAACAAGUAGUUCUUUCAAGAAGAUGUCUAGGCUCAUUGGUGGAAAAUCAAAUCCAAAUUUAGAAUUGCUUUUCAAGGAUGAUCCCUGAGGAAAUUUAAAUUUCAGGUAGCACUGAGUACACUGAAAACGAUGUGCUAUUAUUGUCAGAUAAAAUGACGUUUAAGAGCAAGAGGAACACAGCUCCCUAUUGGGCCAGAUUCUAACCAGUUAGAUAUUUUGCAUAGUUUAUGUGUAUUAUGGAUUGCAAAACCCUACCACUUUGAGUUUUCAACUUUCAGAGACUAUUCACAAGAAUGGUACUAUAACAACUUUUUUAAAAAAAAUCCAUCUUUUUUCUUUUUGGCAAGUACUCUAGGUAUUAGAGAGCUUUUGAAAAAAUAGUACUAUUUCUGGUUAUAUCAUUUCCUAGCUGUGUAAUUUAAUAUCGCUGGAUCACGUACCUCAUCAAGAAAUCAGGACAGUCUUUCUUACAUGAACUCUGUGGUCUGUUGGCAUCAGGCUAUAGGAAAUUUAACAUCGGAAUUGAUGGACUCAAAUCCAGGAAAAAAGAAUCCAAAUUAUUUCACUUUGGAAUUAAUCUAGGUUAAAUAUUGAUAUAUCAUGUUUAAAUUUCAAGUAUAUGAAAUAUUUACUUUCCAUUCCAAUAAAUACUUUCAAAAAACCAGAAUUUAAAUUGUUUUGUAUAUAUUUCAUGUCUUAUUUUUUAAAGCCUAGAAGCUAAUUUUUAGUAACAUCAAAAAUAGCAAUUUUAAUUUCUUUUAAAAAUAGUUUUUUCCUUACUAAAAUAUCUGUUUAAAACAUGACAAUAUCCCUUCAUAUUAAAAUUCUAAUUCGCACAUUCCUCUUAUAAACAACUACAUGUUACUUUGGAAUCAUUCAUUUCUUCCAUGCUUUUUCCAUAAAGAUUGAUAAGUCUUGGGUGUACUCUGUAAAGAAUAUAAGAAUAUGCAUGAUUAUUUCAUCAACCUAUCAAUCAUUCUGUUAUUUUUCACACAUAACCCCUAUCGAAUGUGAUAAUGAUAGCCAACGAACAUACAUUCAUGGCAGAGCUGCCAUCUAGGAAAAAAUGCGGGGCCUAAUAAAUCAGCAGCAGUAAAGCCCAGUCAGUCACCCGUGCGUGUAGAAAGCUCACAUCUAGCAGGCUACUCAGGGAGCCCUGCACGCUUCUUCUACCAACUGAGUCAUAAUGCUUACCAACAAUGAGUUUGCAUGUUCCCAAGCCUGUUUAUAACCCGUUGCUCUUGUUAAUAAAUAAUAUGUAAAGUAUGCUUUGGAAAGAUGAUUGAUAAAAGCAAACUGCUGAACACAAAGUGUUACAGUAUUUGUUGUGGGUAAAAGGAAAUUUUAAACGACUGGGGGAUUAAAUUGUAACCAUCUGCUAUUCAGAUGGCAUCACAAGGUUUGAGAUCUUAAUCCAUUUUUAAAAAUUCAAAAUGGAAAUUGUAGACGUACAUUAUCUGUAUAGUUUGUGAAGAAUGGUAAUUCAGAAUGCCAACGUAAAGACUCAUAACCAAAGAAAAUGCUUUGGUUCUACAUAACAAUUAGUGAGUAAAUACAAAGUUACACUUCUUUAUUUAUUAAAAUUGUACAUGUGUCUUUUUAUGCUUCCCUGACUUACGAAUUUAAAAAAUAAUUUAUCUAGCCAACUGCCUGUUUUGAUAGUUAUAAGAAGGCAGCUUCCAUUUAUAUGUCUAUCAGACACAAAACUGAUAGUAUAAGAUGGUGAACUAAUUAGACUUACCUAACAUGGACCUCUGAUGCAACUUCCAUUAAAUCACCAUCUACAUUCCAAGGGAAACUGCUUCCUGUAGCAGUUUCAUGUGGUCCAUCUUCUUCCUCUGGAUUGUGUCCACUGCUGUUACUCCUUGGGUGAACUUUUACUUCUUCAACAGUGUAAGUCUCAACAAAUGGAAAAUUGAACUAAAAACAAAAAACAAAAAAUAAAUGCAAAUAAUCUUGGUACUUGCUUUAUCCCUAACUGUAAUGCAAACUAGGAAAGUUCACUGUGCUCUCACUUGCAAGUAAAUAUCAAUGUGCAUGCUGAUGUUUUUAUAGCUUUGAAACUCUAAUUAGUUCCAAUUUCUUUGGAAGAAGGAGCCCCUUUUCUGAAGCUUUCCUAGCUCAUUUAGAUCUAGAAGCUGGCAAACUUGUUUUAUGACAAAUAGUAUAUGUCUGUGAAAUUGUAUACAAUAAUUUCCAAUAAAAACUAAAUCUUUAA